AUAUUCUACCCUACGAGUGUGCUGUGUGCUACAGUAUCAUUUCCUCUCUCCCCAAUCACACACACACACACACAGAGCUGAAACCUUAACCUUAUAAAGGCCCCAAAACCCAGUGAGUUCAACCUCUCAGUCACUGAAAAGGCCGAGACAUGGGGACCCUGGGCAAAGCCAUAUACACCGUCGGAUUCUGGAUUCGCGAGACCGGCCAAGCCAUUGAUCGUCUCGGCUCUCGCCUCCAAGGCAACUACUACUUCCAAGAGCAACUGUCUAGGCAUCGAACUCUGAUGAACAUAUUUGAUAAAGCACCUGUGGUUGAUAAGGAUGCAUUUGUGGCCCCAAGUGCCUCUGUCAUUGGGGAUGUUCAAGUGGGAAGAGGAUCGUCUAUUUGGUAUGGAUGUGUCUUGAGAGGUGAUGUGAACAGCAUCAGUGUUGGAUCUGGAACUAACAUACAAGAUAACUCCCUUGUGCAUGUGGCAAAGUCUAACCUAAGCGGGAAGGUCCUCCCUACUAUUAUUGGAGACAAUGUUACUGUAGGUCAUAGUGCUGUUUUACAUGGCUGUACCGUUGAGGGUGAGGCCUUUGUUGGCAUGGGAGCAACACUCCUUGAUGGUGUCUUUGUAGAGAAAAAUGCUAUGGUUGCUGCUGGAGCCCUUGUGAGACAGAAUACAAGGAUCCCUGCUGGCGAGGUAUGGGGAGGCAAUCCAGCAAAGUUCCUGAGAAAGCUCACUGAUGAAGAGAUAGCCUUCAUUUCCCAGUCAGCCACCAAUUAUACAAACCUUGCACAGGUCCAUGCAGCUGAGAAUGCAAAGCCUUUUGAUGAGAUCGAGCUUGAGAAGCUUCUCCGCAAGAAGUUUGCUCGUCGGGAUGAGGACUAUGACUCUAUGCUGGGUGUUGUUCGUGAAACUCCCCCUGAACUUAUUCUCCCAGAUAAUAUCCUACCAGAUAAAGCACCAAAGCCUUCGCAAAAUUGAGAUUUUAGUAAGUUUUUCUUCAGUUCAGAUAUUGAAAUUCAACAUCAAGGAACAUCUGUUGUUAUGAGAAAAUACCUGGAAAAGAGAUUAAUUUCUUUCCCAAUAAUACCAGACACAUCUUAGGGUAGAAUUAUGGCUCUAGUCCUCCCGCAGAUUUUUGGAAUCUCUAUUUUCUGUUUCUAGUGAUACUGAUGCCAUAAGCAGCAAGUAUGUUGAUGCUUUGUUUUCCUUGUGUUUAAGGUACCUGUUUUUGAGUUGAUUUAUUGGAUCUGUAGUUAUAAAUGUCCAAUCAUUCUAGAACAUGAUGUGAGAAUAUUUUCUCCUUGCAGUCAACAUAUUUUUGCCAGUA